UAAAAAUAUGUUAUUUCUGCGGAUAUAUAAUAUAAUGUAUGAUGGAUACUAAAAUGUGUUAUCUAAUCUACUAACUUAAAAAACAUAAAGAAACAAAACAUAAAUUGAUUCAUGAUACCAUUUAUGGAAACGAUAUAAAAUCUCAUAAGUUUGGUGAAAAUAAUUCGAUAACCAUACGAUGUCUCAUCUAAUCUGAAAAUACAUGGAUAUCCGCGCGCACGAUUCUCAUGUAUGUCAAGUUUUAUAAAAUUCUAACAUGAUUUUUACUAGUGUUUGCGUAAAACGGUAAUUUGUCAACGAUUUCAUUUGACAAAAAAAAACGUGUCUUGGAAAAAUCCAGUAAAAGAAAAAAAUUCGAACGGCGCGCCGCAAGGAUUACAGGAGAGCACGUGGGCGGUGCUUGAAGUCUAGUUCUCCGCGCCUCUCGCUUCCAGUAUUCGUCUGCCCGUCCAAGUGAGUGUUGUUCUGCUGUAGCAUUGGCGAUCGCGCGCGCGCCUUCUAGCCUUUUUUCGUAAUCCGGACGAGCCCGACGUUGGCGGCGCCAAGCGAGAAGAGAAGAUGAGGUGGGAGGCCGUCGACCCGUUAUAAAUGGAACUAGCAAGACAGCAUUUCUUGAAUCGUUUCUUGUGUUAUUAUUCGCAGCGUGUCGGCGUACUAGCCCGCAUGUUUGCUUGCGGCGUGACCGGAACGUCAUCCACCGAUAUUAUUAUCUCCAUGGUCCAGAGAAUGCAAUCGAAUCGUGGCGACCGUGGAAAGUGAAGUUUUCGAAAGGAAAAAAGAGAAAUCGAAGAAGCGAGAAAUCGAGGGACAGAAAGUGGCAUUUUUGACGACGCGAGGAACGACGAUCGCUGCCAAUGUGAAACUCUCGAUGCGUAUUAUAGUGCCGCGAUUUCAGUAAGCGCAAACGAAAAUUCGCGAAUACACAAGAGAAGUGACAAUAUAAAAAUGAUAGAAUUUUUAAAGUUUGAAAACAUGAAAAGUGAUUAAAAUUCGAAAAUUGUGUUUCAUCAUUAGUCAAUACACGACAAAUUCUCAAUUUUAAAUUGGCUGUCACAAUUCGAAAUAUUUGGUACUGAUUUGUUCGCAAGAUUGCAACCGUCGAGCCAGUGAAUCACAUACGAUAGUGAUAUUUCGAAAGAUCGAUGUGUUGUUGAACCUAAAAAGGUGGCUCUUACUCAAUGUUUAUCGCACUAUUGGAGAGUAUGCUUGAACGUCACAUAUUCAACUGUUAUGUGAAGUUGUCUUACAAUUUGAAUGUGAUUAGUGGAUGCGCUGCAAGUGACCAAGUGUCACCGGUUGCUUUGCAAUGCAAGUGUAUAAAAGCUUUGUGCAGAGACAAAACAAUUGAGAAACAAAUUAAACAAGUCAAUUUAUAGUUUUUCGUUUUAAAAUCUUUAAUUCAGUAUAUAUGCAUUCAAAAGAAAUAUUUAUAAUCAACUUAUGAAAAUUGAUAACAAUUUUUUUUAUAUAUGAAUGCUAAUAAAUUAUAGUUUAUAAAAAAUUAUAAUUUUUGAAAAUCACUCAGUAUUGUGUUUAUAUUUAUAAACAUUUAUUAUAAUUAUUUUUUUGUGUCAUAUAUGUGAUGAUUAGAUUUUAAUAUGAUUAAAACAAAAUAAACUGCAGAUAUAGUGGAAAAUAACGCAUAAAGUGUUAUUCGGAACAUAUGAUGUGCAAGCGCGAUUCGAAUGAUACUUAAGAUCCACGUCUGAUGACAAACGUGAACAGGAUCAGGGUGGUCGUCCUCGGCGGCCCCAGAGUUGGAAAAUCAGCCGUGGUAGUACGCUAUUUGACGAGACGAUACAUUGGCGAAUACAGCUCAACCAGUGAUUUCCUAUACCGGCACAGCGUUACCAUCGAUAAUGUUAGUACUGAAGUUGAGAUACUGGACACUUCCAGGUGCGAGAAAAAAGAGUGCCUAAUGAUCCCAAUUAUUGAUGGAUACAUGACAUAGAUUGGCGUUAAAAUCUCACUCGGACGAGAGCAGUGAAAAUGUACAUUUACGGAUGUAUGUUUAUUUGACAGACUGAUUUGCCUGCUUGAGUUAUGCCUAGUCUCAUGGUUAGUUGUAAAUUAUUAUACGGUUACAACAGGAUCGUUGGUCUUUAAUUUUCGUUUUACUCUAAUUUCCGUCAGGAAUUGACAGAUUUUACGAUUGGUUCGUAAAAUCAGUUAUAUUUUUAUGAGGAUUUUAUAUUUUAUA